AUGCUGUUUCUCGCCCUGGUUUCUGCCCUACUGGUAGUCGUUCAGAGCCACGUAGUGAUCACGUAUCCUGGCUGGAGAGGCAAUAAUCUCAUUUCCAAUGGAUCAGGAGACGGUGCUUCUGGGCUUGGUGUUGACUAUACCGGGUCUGGCCUUGUCUAUCCUUAUGGCAUGCAAUGGAUAUAUCCCUGCGGUGGCCUUCCAAUUGCCUCCAACCGCACGAACUGGCCGGUAAAUGGCGGCGCUGUGUCUUUGCAACCUGGCUGGUUCACCGGGCAUCGGAAUGCGCUCAUCUACAUCAACAUUGGCUUUGGUGAUGUCCCAUCGAACUACUCGUCGCCUCUUUGGCCCCGGUUUGAGAUAGAGGGCCCAUCGAACAACCCUUAUCCCGGUACCAUCUGUCUACCUCAAGUGCCUGUACCUUCUGGGUAUGAUAUCAAGCCUGGUGAUCGCGCCACCAUCCAAGUUGUCGAGGCUGCAGUACAUGGGGCCGCAAUGUACAGCUGUGUGGACAUCACAUUUGUUGCAGACGCCAAAGACGCCAACGAGGUAAAUGAGACAAACUGCGUCAACUCUACAACCAUUCGCUUUCUCGAGAGCACGUUGAGCACACCAACGACUCAAUCAAAUUUGACAUGCCCGGCCGCAUCGCUUACGCAAAGCACUGUUGCAACUGUCACUGCGUCCGGUGGCGAUGCUCUAUUUGUAUCUUCGUCAGUUCUUGUAACUACUUUCAUGAUCAUUGCAUCGGUUCUAUGCUGA